CAUCAAAACUACAUCGUUUUAAUUUAGGGUUUCGAAACAAAGCAAAGGCUGCAAGCUCAUUUUUCCUUAAUCAUUCAUCGCCGCUUUCUUCUGGCAUUUGAAAGAUUGAAUCCGAGCGGCCAUCUCCGCUCCGUCAAGUAGUAGUCGCAAUCGCAAGACCCAGAUGGGCAAACGACUUGUAGUUUAACUUCCAGAAAAGAAGUAGGUUGCCAUUCCACUCCUUGCUCAAGUAACAAUACAUAAGGAGCGUCCUCCUACUGGCUCUCCCUGCUGUUUGCUCCAACAAAUUAUUCUCUUUUUGAGAUUCAAGUCCGACAAUUGAGCUGUGUGUAUGCUAGCAUGAUUAAUGAUGAGCAGGGAAAGUUCUGAAUUUGAUGUGUUAAAUGGGUCUUUGGGAAAUCUCAGAGUAGAAGAGUCAUCCUCAUCUUCCGCUCAAAAUGAUGGUAAUGCCAGUGGUAAUGGCGGAGGAUUGCAGGUCACAAAUUUCACUGAAAUCGUUGAUGAUGUUACCCUUCAUUUCCAGAUCAUUUGCCUUUCCAAACAGAUAUACGCUUGGAUUGGCUGCAAUUCUGCUAAAUUUGGGCACUUGUAUGCGGCUGCACCCACGCGCCCUACUAAUACGGCUAGUGUUACUUGUUUGCUUGGAGGAGCUUCUGAUAAUACGGGAUCUGGCAUUGCUCGGCGACUAGUGUUAAAGACUGGCCUCAAUAUAAUUCUGGCUUGUAAUAUUCCCAAGAACAGUCCCAUGCUUGAGGUAAAUGCUGAGAGAAAAUUGGUGGAGAAGCUAACCUAUUUGGGUUAUGCAAAGCCAAAAUCCAACGGAUUGUCUUUGUAGCAGAAAGCUGAAAGAUCCUGCUAUGUGAGGUCAUAUAUAUCCCAGCUUAGUAUUAUAGUAAUUCACCUUGCACAAUAUGACAGCAUAAUCAAAGAUAUAGAUCUUUCAGGAAGCUCUGAUGGAUGAAGAUUGUUAGUGCUUCACAGUUUCUGUUAUUGAUUUGAAUAGCUCAUUAGUAGAUCAUGGGACACAGCAUGUAACUCUUCUAGGGUUGUGACUGUGAACGCAGUUAGGUGAUGCCUGUGUUCAAUUCUACUGUAGGAUUUUCGCCCUCGGCUUUCAUUGUCAGCAUUGUUGGUACAAACUGUCUGCUUGGUUUCCAGCUGCAAUAUAAACGCUAUUGAUUUGGGAAAUGAAAAGUGAAAGUUUUGAAUUUUAAAUGGUUUCA